AUGACGGAUGUAGUUCUCCCAGCCAAGAUACCAACGUUUAGUUCUUUGUUCACUAAAUACGCUCCACACAAGUCCAGGCUGGUUGGCAGUCAAGGCCACACACACAGCCACAGCCAAAGCCACAGCACACAAAACCCCUCUUUCAACCUCAUGAAACUCCCAAAUGAGCUCGUUGAACUCAUCACCGACGAACUCAGCUUCAACAAAAAGCUCCUCACUAGCUGCCUAAAUCGCAGGCUUCGUCUUAUCACAAUGAAGAAAAUUUUCAACUGUAUGAAGCUCACUCACCCAAUCGAUUCCAGGAGGCUGGAUGUCAUUGGUCGCUGCGUAAAACAUCUCACAAUCACGUACAAUCCCCCAAGUCUAUUUUCUCUUUCAAAUCUAAAAUCCAUUCAAUAUGUCUCAAAUGAUCCCCUUUCAGCUGAGACGUUGACGCAAUUCUCUUGCGUCCCCAAGCUACACUCACUCACACUGGAUGUGACCAUUCUACAGCCCUCAUCCACUCUCCCCAACAACCUCAAACAUCUUAAACUGUCCUUCAGAGACGACAAGGAUGUCCACGGCAACGAUCCUCCACACAACAUGGAAAUCUUCUCUGAGGACCAGAUCUGGCAUUCUAUAGUCCUCAUGUCCAAACUAGUUGAGGCUAAUGCUGCGACCCUGGAAAAACUUCACCUCAAACUACUUCUCCCCAUUCACACUCUAUCUAGUUGCUUAUGGCCAUGUUUGAAGGAGCUGACUUUGGUGAGAAGUUUCCCUAAUCCCAGUUUCGAGCCCUUCCUCGCCAAUGCACCACGGCUAGAGACGCUGCUGAUACACGGCCGGCCGAACAACCAGUACUGGAUAGGCCAAUUGCCGAAUGCAAUUAAUGCACCUGGUAAACUUCUCAACUCACUCAAACAUCUCACGCUCGCAGCGACGCCGAUAGCUGGUGAUAAUCUGUUCGCGCAUCUCAACACGAACCUGCACUCAUUCACCAUCGAAGACCAGCUCAGCACUCGGUCUGCGUAUUUAGUGGUGCACAGUCUCGCUACUAUCCAGUUGCACGUGCUGCGAGUGGAGCCGCUCGCCACCACCCUUGACUGGCUCAUGACGGUCGCCGACACAUUGCCAACUUUGCGUGAACUCCACUGCCGCUACUCGCGUCUGAGGAAGCUACCUAGUCAAUCGCUGAGUAUGUUCGUGGAGAUUCUCGCUAAGAUGACCCACCUCCGUCAUCUCAGCCUUGGCUGGGACCUCGAUGACGAGUGUGGCGACGCACACACAUCCGUCGAGCAUGAGAUGACUAUUAAGCAAAAUGAGUUCUAUCACAACUUGGCUUUCUUGAGUAGUAUCAAUAGCAGCGGAAGUGGAAGUGGAAGUGGCAAGGGUGUGCAGCCAAUGGAGCAGGUCGAUUCGUCAAGCACUACACAGACACAAUCGCAAUCCCAAUCACAGUCGCAAUUUAGCACAGAAUCGCCCCACUCCGCUUGCACUGAAAUCACGACGCCAGUUUCCGAAAUGAGCUCGCCCGGUGUGGCACUCUCGCCGAGCGCAGGUACAGGCACACCAACGAGCACGGUCGACAGCAUGCGCGACGAUCUGCGCAGACAGUGGAACAGGAGGAGCAAUGCGCGUUACUGGACUUUUGCAGAAAGUGUGAGCAAGCGCAUUCCAGCGCUGGAGACACUUAACGUCAAGCGAUACAACGUUUUGGGUGAGCGCGAAGAAAUCACCUUCCAUCUCGCUGCAGGUAGAGUGAGGGCAGGCCGAUGGGCAUCGGAGACUGCCUUCCCUACCACUUCACACGCAUUCUUGCUGUGA